ACUUACUUCAGUCUCUCGCCGCCUCGCCUUCAUCCUCCUCAUCGUCUUUUAACUCUAAAACUUCUGUAAAGUACAUAGAAGAGAUACAGAGAAAAAUUAAAGGGUCUGUUCCAUAAUGAAACGGCAACUUUUUUCUUCUCGUGUAAUUCGCCCUGUCAUGCCUUGACUGUUCAGCAGUUUUUAACCCGUUCAGCAAACGAACUUUUCAUGUUGCUCUCAUUUGCACUGCAUUUUAAGAUAAAACAAUGCCGUUUUAGUCAUUCUAGUCAUGUGGAACUGAAUAUGAAUGCACUGGUUUUAAGUAAACCAUAAUUUUAAUUUAAAUGGGAUUUGACAAGACGCACAGAGAACGUUUCCAUCGCUUGUCCCCAAACUGCCUUAAAUGGCAAUGACUAGAGCUGGUUUCUAUCUGUAUCCAAAUGACAUCAAGUUUGUGUAACAGAGAGAUGCUCUCCAUCACCUGCAGCCGUAUUCCUUUCAUACCUGCACCUGCAGGUGAAUGACCUCAUGCCCAGAACUAUCUCCUCAGAGGUAAGGAGUUCCUCUUGUGCCCAGCGCCACCCUUUAAACUCCUUUCCUGACAUUGUUCCCUGUGGCCCUAACUCAGCACUCACACUUUAUGGACUGGUUUGUGCUGUGCUGUAAAGAACCUUAUUUUUUACCUUGUAUUUUUAAACUGUUAGUGGCCACUUUUACUGGUCUCUUGUCCUGUAAGAGGGUGGGAUCCUCAGUAUGCACAAGCUGAGGGUAGGCCCUGGCCCUCUUGUCCAGGACAUAUAUGAAUUCUCUCUGGAUGAUGAGGACCCUAAAGUUUUCCUCGGGGCCAGGAGUGCAAGGGUGGUGUCUCCUGCGGCCGACUACAUCAGGUCUGAGCAUGAGCAAGCCGGCAUGUUCUCCUUGCCGCAGAUGGAGGGCCAGGAACCAAUGGAGCCUGUGGAACCCUUUAAAAAGAAAAGGAAGAGAUGCGGCUUAUGUGGGCCUUGCAUGAGGAAGGUGAACUGCGGCACCUGUAGCAACUGCCUGAACCGAAAGAUCGGACACCAGAUCUGCAGAUUGAGAAAGUGUGAUGAACUGAAGAGGAGGAAGGGACCAUGGGAGGUGGAAUAUUUUGAAGACGUGAAAACCCAGUCCAUAAUCCCAAACCUGGCUAAAGAGACUGUUUCUGUGGUGGGUUCAGUGGAUGGCCCCAGAGGAAAAGGCCAGAUGGAAAUUGGGUCCCAUGACCGCCUGGAUGAAGGCGUGUUAAACCAGGAACUGUCUAAUGGGCUUAGCAAAAAUGCAACAAAUGAAGAAAAUAUUUGUGAUGAAGAAGUUAAAGACAUGGCCAGGGAGCACCACCAGCACAACCACCAUGAGGGAGCUGGAUGUAUUUCCCAGACACCAGGUUGGGUCCCUGAACAUGCUGGGAAGUCAAAUCCUGAAUCUCAACAGGGUGCUUGGAGUGGCCAAAAUGCCAAUAAACCAGUGAAUGAUGUGGAUAUGGAGGAUGCACGAACCCUGGUGGCCUUUUCUGCUACUGUUGGCUCACUGCCACCUUACACCAACCAUCAACCUUCUGAGACCCCUACAACUCAACUGUACGAAAGGUUCAAUCAGGAAAUGUCUAAUGUAGGUGAGGAGGCCAGACAGAUAGGUGUGGAUGGUGAGUUGUACCCCCCUGAAGACCUAAACACUCUUCAGGCAGCACUGAGCAAGGCCCGUCAUGGCCACAAGCCCCCUAACUGUGAUUGUGAUGGCCCAGACUGCCCUGACUACCUGGAGUGGCUGGAGAAGCAAAUCAAAAUGGUGGCUAACUGUCAGGAUAAAGGUUCCUGUAAGAUUCCGGGUGCUCCUCUACAGCCACAUGCACAGCAUCGCAGUGCCCAAUCCCAACCUCAACAAUGUGGAGGUAACUCCUUGUGUGUGCAAGACACAAAUCCACAUCCCCAUGUAAACCAGCCUUCUGCUCCUAGAGCCUUUGGGCCACCAGCACCUAUUCCUUGCUCCCCUAGUGUUCUGUCAAUAGCCAAGGAAAGAAAUGUUAGCUUGCAAACAGCAAUCGCAAUUGAGGCUCUGACCCAGUUGUCUGCCACUGACCCACAAACUGUUGUUCCUCUAGGUGAGUCUUCACCUGCAAAUCACCAUAAGCACCUGCCAACCUCCUAUCCUCAGAGAAUGCCACAGGUGGUCUCUUCAUCACCCGGUCCUCUUUUGUCCUCCUCUGCCACCUCUGCUAUGCCACAGUCUAUCCCUCCUGGUCAUUAUCCUCAACAGGAAAUUUCAUGGGAUCAGCAGAGACCUCAGUCUCCGGGUGAGGCUCCUGCACCUAACAUUUUGUCUAGCCCAUCUCACUAUGCUUCAACAUACCCAUCCUCCAAGUCUCCAUAUACAAGCGUACACCCAUCGACCACUAAUCCCCGACCCCUGCAGUGGAACCAGGGCGCAGCUGGAAGCUGUGAUAAAAUCUCCCCUCAGAACCCAUGGAUGGUGGUGAAUACUGAUUCCCAGCUUCAUUUUGUAAACCCAUCCAAAGGCAGUAGUGACCCAGUGUCUGAGCUUAAGCAACUCCUUGGAGAAACCGGUGGAAAGUACACCAACUCAGCCUUCAGGUUCCCACUCCCUCACCCCAGCUUGCAGGAUGGUCGCAAGGGCAGCCUUACUGUGAUGUCUCACAUCAAGCAGGAGGUGGAUAUAAAAGAGUACCUGGGCUCAGGGUGUGCAGUCAUGGGCCAGGAGGGGGUAGUAAAUGGCCAGCAGCAGUUCCAGGAUCAGCAGUUUUCCCCCACCAUUAGGCACUUAACUCAGGCAGCACUACAGCAGCACCUUCAUCAUAAACGUAACCUCUUCUCUAAUUCCCCUGCCUUCAAUCCGUUAGCCCCCAUGGCUUGUCAAAACCUUCAUAAGUGGUGGCCACAGACUAUUCCAGAGUGCCCUGUUACCAUCAAACAGGAGCACAAAGAACCCAAAAAGAAAAAGAGUGCUCAGAGUUCUCUUCUUCUCAAGCAGCCAGUGGGUGGGCUUUUUGGUUCACUGGGCACACCUCUUCCAAAACCCAAACAGAUUGUUAUCAAGAAGCAUAAACGGAAAGCUUCCCAACCAACUUUCCUCCCACAUAACCAGAUUGUUAUAUUGAAACCUCCCCUCAUCUCCCCAGGAUGUGCACCAUCUCUAUCUCAGCUUGCUCCAUCUUUACCAGGCACGGAAGUUGGGCUUCCCCCCUCUCAGGUGGCUGAGAGCCACCCAGCUCCAGCUCAAUCUCAGGAAUCCAUUUUGAAAAGCAGUAGUGCACCCAUCUCUGAAAACACUCUUUCUUAUUUUACUCCUGUGUCAGUCCUAGCACUAUCCACCCAGAAGGUGAUGGCUUGCUCAGGCACAGCUGGGUCAAAUGAUAGCAUCCCAACAACCAGUAUCACACCUCAAACCUCUACAACACAGCAGACUCCUUCUCUGGCUGGCCUCAGUAACCUAGAUCCAAAAUUUGAAGAGCUAAUUCGCCAGUUUGAGGAGGAGUUUGGGGACACCAUUUCCUCAGCUUCUGCAGCAGAGACCCCAGAGAAUGGCCCUGCUCAGCCAGUGGUGACCAAGUCACAAUCAAACUCAGGACAAACCAGACCCGAGUCACCAUCCCCAAAGCAGCCAAAUAACUGCCCUCCUUUUCCCUCAAAUGAUUCUGACCCCAUGGAUGAAGGUCAAACAGACAUGACUAAAAGACUGAAAGAAAAAACACCAUUGCCAUCUGAGGAGCUCUGUACUAUUAAACAGGAAAGUGAGGAAUGUGAGGUGGAUGUGAAACCUUCUGGGCAGCCCUUGUCUGUAGCUCAGGAUGCAUUUCUGGAGCGACAGCACCCCUUCAUCGCACCUUUCUCCCCUCCAGCUAAACGUAUAAAGAUUGAGUCAUCUGGUGGCGUUACAGUGCUCUCCACAACUGCAUGUUUGUCUGCAGACAAAGAGAGGGCUGAUUUGAAUACUCCCAACAAGGAUAUCUUUCCCUCCUCGCCUUCACUUAAAGGUUUUCUUGAGUCACCAUUGUGUUACCUGGACACUCCCACCAAGAACCUACUGGAUACACCUGUGAAAGAUUCCCAACCUGAUUUUCCCACCUGUGACUGCGUAGAUCAAGUCCUAGAAAAGGAAGAGGGUCCAUAUUACAAUCACUUGGGAUCUGGGCGAGACAUUGCUUCAGUCAGACAACUAAUGGAAGAGAGGUAUGGGGAGAAAGGCGAAGCCAUUCGUAUUGAGAGGGUAAUUUACACAGGGAAAGAAGGAAAGAGCUCUCAGGGAUGUCCUAUUGCUAAGUGGGUGAUUCGUCGCAGCAGUGAGAAGGAGAAAUUAUUAUGCGUUGUGAAGCAACGGCCUGGGCACCACUGUGUCAAUACUGUUAUUGUUGUUGUCAUCCUGUGCUGGGAGGGCGUUCCCCGUGCUCUGGGAGAUAAACUCUACAAAGAAGUAACAGAAACCCUCAUCAAAUAUGGCAAUCCGACCAGCCGCCGCUGUGGACUCAAUGACGAUCGAACCUGUGCAUGCCAAGGGAAGGACACAGAAACCUGUGGAGCUUCCUUCUCUUUUGGCUGCUCCUGGAGCAUGUACUUCAAUGGAUGCAAGUAUGCUCGAAGCAAAACCCCUCGCAAGUUCAGACUGCAUGGAGAACACCCCGAAGAGGAGGACAAUCUCAGGGAUAACUUCCAAAACUUGGCCACACAUGUGGCCCCUGUGUAUAAGAGGCUUGCUCCCCAGGCCUACAGUAACCAGUGUUUAAAUGAGAAGAUUGCCUCAGACUGUCGGUUGGGUUUGAAGGAGGGACGGCCAUUUUCAGGAGUCACUGCAUGCAUGGAUUUCUGUGCCCAUGCUCACAAAGACCAGCAUAACCUCCACAAUGGCUGCACUGUGGUGUGCACUCUUACGAAAGAGGACAAUCGGAGAGUAGGCACAAUCCCAGAAGAUGAGCAGCUACAUGUGCUUCCGCUCUACAAGAUUUCUUCAACCGAUGAAUUUGGAAGUGAGGAGAACCAGCGUCUCAAAAUGCGGACAGGAGCCAUCCAGGUGCUCACUAACUUCCGUCGACAGGUUAGAAAACUUCCUGAACCUGCUAAAUCCUGCCGGCAGCGUCGGUUGGAGGCCAAAAAGGCUGCAUCUGAGAAGAAGAACAGGAAAUUGCAGCUUGCAGAAACCCCAGAGAAGACUGUCAAGAUGGAGAUGCGCCAUGUGGAGUCACCUCACCCUCAGCAAGGCAAUAAAGCUAUUCCAAAACAGGAGGUGAUACCAACCAUCAAAAAGCCUGUCGACCACUUUCAGCCCUUCAAUGGAGCCAUACAUGGCUACCCAGCACUAGGGAACGGCAAGACAACCUCUGAUCCACACAGCAUGCACAGUCCGUUGUCAUACCCUGGAAACUAUGCAAGAGGUCGCAUCCCUACCAACAGCCAACCUCCUGCACAAAGCCCCAUGAAUGGCUUUCACCCCAACCUCCAAGAAAUACGCUACGGUUAUUACAACUACCCUCCCAGUGCACUUUUUACUCCUGAGCUCUUGGUAUAUGAUAAAGGAGCCUGGCCCAAAGCUGGAGAACCCUCUGCCACACCAUUUGACCAGAAACCAGAUGUUCAGUGUCUCCAAGCCAGACUGGCACAGGCCUAUCCCAGUCGUCCUGUGCAGUCACCGCAGCAAAUGACUGAUGCAUCCAUUCAAGGCUUCCCACACCCUUCUGAGGUUUCCCAGUCUCCUGUUCCACCCAGUCGUACUCCAUCAUAUGAGCAGACGCACCGCUCUACACCCAUCAUCAAGCAGGAGCCCAUGGAUGUGCCCCUAUUUGAUGACAGAUCGGAUGGGCAAGCUCAAAGCUGCCCUAGCACCCCCAGUACCACGCCAAAACCUGAAGGCUGGCCUGGGCACAAACCAAAUGGCAGCCUAGUCCCUCAAGGCUGGGAUAGAAAUAUCAGACCAGGUCCAACUGAUUUGUCUUUCACUCCGGACAAGCAGAGGCUCCACCAGCAACACCCACACCCACAUGAACACCCUCAGUAUCUACAGCAGCAACAAUGGAAUUCCUAUUCCUGCCCUAACUCUCCAAUGCCAUCCCCUGGCCCAUCUCCGUCCCCAUCCCUAAAAGCAGGUCCAUCACCUGCACCCUCUCCACAUCCGUCCACCCCAAGACAGUGGGUUAGCCCUGCCCCUAGUCCACAACCUAAAGCAUGGGGUCCUUACGGACCCAUAGGUUAUGGUACUGGUUGUAUAAGACAAGGCAGUCCUGCUGGUGCUCUCCCUGAUAAAAUGCUUUCCCAAGCAAGUGAGAAUUGUGGGUCUGCACCUCUGGGACUCCAGGAGAAAGCCUGGAAAUCUGGUGGUGGAUCAGUAGCAGGCAGCACACCAUCUCCGGCUCCUGAGGGACGCUUGUUUCCCGAUGCACUGCAAAAGUCGGAUGGUCAGGCAUGUUGGGAGAGUGAUGCAGAGACCCAGAGUGAACGUGACCCUGAGGAGGAUGAGGUGUGGUCAGACAGCGAACACAACUUCUUGGAUCCCAACAUUGGAGGAGUAGCAGUGGCUCCUGCUCAUGGUUCUAUCUUGAUUGAGUGUGCCCGUCGGGAGCUCCAUGCCACCACACCACUUAAAAGGCCUGACCGCUCUCACCCAAGCCGCAUAUCCCUGGUCUUCUACCAGCACAAGAGCCUGAACCAACCCUGCCACGGUCUGGCUUUGUGGGAAUCCAAGAUGAAAAUCCUGGCCGAGCGAGCACGACAGCGGCAACAAGAAGCAGCUCUUUUGGGUCUCUCACAGGAAGAUCUUAAGGCCUAUGGGAAAAAACGCAAAUGGGCAGCUGGAUCAGCGAGCCCAUCUCCUGGACAAAACAAGGACAAACGAGAGGGUAUGAUGACACGGAUGGCGCCCACACAGCAUACCACCACCAUAGUCACAGUCUCACCCUACCCAUCCACACACCUCACUGGUCCUUACAGUCGAUUUGUGUGAACUCUUGUAGACUGCUGCCCCCUGGAGCCAGAGGUGGGAAUAAAAAUGAUAAGGAUCCUUCUACUCCUUUCUACUACCAUUUGCUUCCCCUCUUCUAGCUCUAAAACCUCUCUCAGGCCACCGCAAGAGAGGGAGAAUAGAGGAAGGGGCACUUUUUCACUUUUUUUCUUUUACCUCAAAUUUUGGCAGCAGUUUGGCAACUCCCCAAACGGACACGCUGUCUAUGGUGCUCUCGCUCUCUCCACCGUGGGAGAGAUUUCCAUAGCUACCCCUCCUUAAGUGAAUUUGAUGAUCGUAAUUAUUAUUGCUCUAUUAUCAAUAUUAUUACAAUUGCUAUUGUUACUGUCAACGUUGAUAUUACAGGUAUUGUUAUUAUAUAAUGAAGAUGACUAUUUUUUAUUUUAAUGUUAUUGUUUUUUUCAUCUUCUAUGAUUUUUAAACCCAUCUUGACUAAGAGGGACUUGCUUUCUUCAUUCUGGCUUGUUCAUUAUGAACAUGAGAACAAGCUAAUCAGCAUUUUUGUUGCUCUUUUUGCCUCCCCCACCCCCACCAACCUCUUUAUUAAUGAAGUGCCAUCACAUCAUUGCAAGUCACAUGACUGCAUCAAGGCAUAUCUAGAGUAUUGGCUCAUUGCGCUAGUCACUGAACACGUGACCAAGAAAGAGAGGACCAGACACCAGCUUGGGCCUUUCUGUUUGGUGCCACUCUAAUGAAAUCUGUAAAGUUUCUCAUCCCUUCAAAUGGUGCUUCUUUUCUGUCUCAAGUGUUUCUAAAUUUGCCCUCACAAUAUCGAGGCAGGUGCUGGACCUGGGUGCUCUUAAGCAGCAAAUGUCAGUCAUGUACAGUGACCUCUCAGUCCCGAUGAUGGCUCAGCCUUCCAUCAUGCCAUCUGAUUGGUGCUGACUCAUUUGUCUGCAGUUUCAUUGGCCAUUCUUCACUACCCAUGUGACAUUUUUUUAGACUAAGUUCUCUAAGGUGCUGAUAGUGCAAGCAAAAAUCCACCUUAAUCAAACCACCCUAAAGAGCUGCUGAUAACCCACCAUGGGUCUUAUGCUUAUGAUUUCCAGAAUCAAAUAGCUCAAACAGGGAAUUCUAAAAUCAUCAGCCAAUUUUUACUGGCUUAAAAUUCUGCAAUCUCUGCUUGAUUCACCCUAGAUAUGUUCAGAUUGACUGUAGAGCAGAGACAAAAAAAUUAUUAUUAUUUUUUUUUAAUAAUGACUUGCUUCAAAAUUGCCAUUAUAAGUGAGUAUCUAUAGAUUUGUAACAUCAGUGUAUCUGGUUAGUUUCAGUCAGAAGACUGUCCAAAACAGACCUAAACGGGGUUCCCUUACUGGUUCCCUUAAGUUACACAACCGCCCCUGUAAAAUUUGAGCAUGUCUUACAUGUCCUGAUUUAUCUGUAGUUACCCAUUUGUGAUGACUAUUUUAUUCUAAGUUGUUAUUUUGGGGAUAUUUUCUUUCCCACUGCUGGUUACACCCACCAGCCUAAUGAAAAAAAGAGCACAUUUCUUGGAGUUGGUGCUAAUAGGAGUCUUUUAUGUUCCGGUUAAGUUUCCCCUCUCAUUAUAAGCAGCCUUUUUCUCUCUCUUUGCCCUGAGAGAUCACCCACACCUGGAAUUAUUGGUGCUGAUUGGCAAUGCGUACAGUUUCAGCUCAGUUGUUUGUGCAAGCUUAUGUAUAACUACAUAAUGUGUGUGUGUGUGUGCUCAUGCUCGCGUGCAUGUGAAUGGAUUCCUAAACAUGCACGCUGGUUAGAAUGUAAGUGUGCCAGUGUGAAUGCAUGUAUGUGAGCUACAUAUAGAGAGCAAUGCAGGGCUGUUGCUGGUUUACACAGGGCUGUAAGGUGCUUGACACUCACAGAGGAGAGAUCCUGGUGCUCAUUAAGUGGUCCUAAAGCUCUUUACCUCAUGUUGUACCGACACUGGUCCCAGUCACAACAUGCUACAAACACACAGGCGCUACAGAAUGCAGGCUUGCUGCCUACAUCCACAUUCGUACCUAUUUUUUUUAUUAUUUAUUAUAUGAUAAUGAUGAUGAUUAUUCUUGUUGUGAUUGCUGUCAUUUUUAUUUUAAUUUUGUAAUUUUUUUUGGGGGGUUGAUCAUUUUAAAGAAAUUGUAAAUACUGAAGAGAGGAUUUUAUAAAAGCACUUUUAAUCUUGAUUUUUAAUGAGGAAAAAAAAUAAGAAUGGAUUAUUGACAACUUGAAAACUAGUUUUUGUUUUAAUGGAAUUUUAUUGGGAGAGAUAGAAAUGUAAAUAGUUAAAUAUUUAGGUAAGAUUAUUUAACUGGUGAGGGAUGAUGGCCUAAUCAUGAUUGAUUCCUGAACUUUUAGUCUUCAGUUGUCUGUAUGUCAAGCCGUCAACAACAGACCAACAAAGCAGGAUGUUUUGUCGGUCUACUCAAGAUACUGCUGUCCUUCCUUUCGUGAGUACUCUACUUACAUCAAUACCUCUGUGCUACCAUUGUCACCGGCUUCCUUCCCCUGCAUCUGAUCCACAUCUAUAAACCAUAAACUAAUGCAGAACAAAGAAACCAAUUGUGAACGUUGACUAAUACAAUUCGCAAGGAUUCAGGACUCACUUUUUUUAAUGAAAGACAGUGGAAGUACAUCACUUUUACAUGAAAAUUGCCCAUAGAACCGAAAAGAUUAUCAGGUGUAAACUUGCAGUUUGAAAUGUGACCACUUUCAGUUCAAAACUUUCGGUAGAUCAUGUGUUGCUUAUUAUUUUGGUUUAUUUUAUUAAAUAUUGUGUGGGGUGAUUCUUACAAAGUUCUGAGUCUGCACUGUCAUUGUAUUAUCUAGAUUGUCACUUGUUCAUGGAAAUGUGAGACAUACCCCUCAAGUUUAACAAGCUGAGUUUCAAGACUGCUCUUGAAGCCCUCUGCAGUUUUAUUCUCCCUAAAUGGCUUUUGAACCAUGGUGCUACCCCUUAAAGUUCACUGUGGAAAAGACUCUCUGCAAACACUGUUGCUACAGUUCUUCUGGCUCUUAAAUUGGUGUGUGAACUAGUUUUGAGAGGAAACCUGUAUGGUGCUGAUCUUUUUUAAUCUUUUUAUCUAGUUAUUUCUGAAAUCUCUGAUGAUCGCGAUUUAAAAAAAAAAAACAAAAAAAACAAAAGCACUCCAUCUGAUCCAGUUUCCCUUUUCAGCCAUCACCCUACAUAACUGAAAUGGUACUUGAAGAGCAUGAUGACAGGUAGAUGAAUAGGUACUCAUGCUUUUGAUGUGAAUAGACUGUUAAUUUAACAUUCUGGUUCUACCUGAACUGCCCAGAGAUCUGUUUUUAACCAUUCUGAUAUUUUAUACAUUUGACAUUUUAUUAAAUAUACUCAUUCUUUUUUCUUAACUCAAGUCUACUUUUUGGCCACAGUGUCACACAAAUGCAUACAAAUACACACAAACACAACACUCUCAUAUACACACACUACUCUGCCCCUCUAUCAGCACUCACUGUUAAGAGUAUCAGUCAGGCCCAGUUUUAAACAUCAAAGGGACAAAAUGUCUAAAGAGGAAAAAAGAAAGAAAGAAAAAACUGGCAGCUACAUUCCUUAAUGAGUUAAAAGAUUGUUCUGAGUUCUAUUUUUCAUGUUGAGAAUGCAGUAUGUAAAAAGUGUUAUCUUUUGUUUGGUCUCUCUCCUUGUAGCUGUAUGGUGUAUUAUGUGAAUACAUAGUGUAUGUGGUAAGAGCCACAAUACUGUUUUAUGUUCUAAACUAAGAAAAAAUAAAAUAAAAAUCUAGAAAGU